AUGGUGGCGUCGCUCCUGCCCUCACGGGUGCACCUCAGCAGGCCGCCUGCCGCUAGGGGCAGUCGACCGCCGUCUCGGACGUUGCGGGUGGCGGCUUUCGCGCUGCCCAAGCCCCCCGCAGACCCGGAAGGGCCCGGAACGGGGAAAAGGCACUACCCCGACCCGCUGCACGGCCAGUACGAAGUUCGCCUCCGCUCUGAGCAGCAGCAGCAGCACCACGACAUGAUGUCUACCGAGGCCUGGUACCGCCUCUUCCCGCUGCUCACCCACGCCUCCACCCCGCUGCGCAUCGAGGACCACGAGCCGGCGGGGCUGAGUGCUAAGCACCUCGGCGACGCGGGCCCCUCCACCGGCCGCCGCAGGCGCCCAGCGCCUGCGGACAGCUCCACCACGGCCCAGCGCCAGAUGCUGCCCUACCCCGACGCUCGGGUGGACCUGAAGCGCGAGGUGUUGGCUCGCCACGCGCCCGAGGUGCUGCUGGCGGCGCAGCAGUGGCUGCACAGCCAGCGCCGCCCAGAGGCGUGA